AUGCUGAAGGGCAAGGCCCGCAAGGAAGCAUCAGAGGAGCCAAGAGAGUGGUUGGAUUACAUCCAGGAUGAGACUGACAAGAAGGCAAUUCCAAUAUUAGCCGGGAGGUUUCAGGCGGACUUGCCGGAGUGGAUUGGUCCACCAAAUUCCAACAAUGAGACAGAAUUAAAAUGGUUGGGUACGCAGAUAUGGCCAAAACAGACAACAACUACAGAAGAAGAUGGUGUGGGAAUUAUUAUUGGAAAAGGGAAACCUGCAGAGUUAUGCGACUGCGAGUCUCGUGGAUCUGUUGAAUGUGUGAGAAGGCAUGUGAGUGAUGAAAGGAUAAAGCUGCAGACUGAAUUGGGGUCGGCGUUUUGGGAAUGGAAAUUUGAAGAGAUGGGAGAAGAGGUUUCCAACCAGUGGACUCUAGAGGAGCAGCACAAGUUUGAGGCAAUCGUGAAAAUGAACCCAUUAUCUCAAGGUAAAAGCUUUUUGAAGCCUGCCAUGGCCGCUUUGCCCUCUCACAACAGGCAGAGCAUCGUCAGUUACUACUUAAAUGUUCAUCUCCCCAGGAGAAUCGGCGAGGAAACCCGGUCGGAUAACAAGGAGGCUGACACCGACGACGAGGAGGCAACAAAUUCCAAGACUAGUAGGAAGAAAAGGCGUAUCAUAUCUUGA